GUGUCUUUUAUGAAUAAUCAAAAGCAGCAAAAGGCAACGCUAUCAGGCCAGCGUUUUAAAGCCAGAAAAAGAGGGCAUCCCUGGUGGCGCAGUGAUGAAAAAGAGAGGUUUGACCCUACUCAGUUUCAAAACUGCAUUAUUCAAGGCUUAACUGAAACUGGUACUGAUUUGGAGGCAGUAGCAAAGUUUCUUGAUGCUUCAGGAGCAAAACUUGAUUACCACCGAUAUGCAGAAACAUUCUUUGACAUUCUGGUGGCCGGUGGAAUGCUGGCCCCAGGUGGUACACUGGCAGAUGACAUGAUGCGUACAGAUGUCAGUGUGUUCGCACCACAAGAAGACCUAGAGACCAUGCAAGCAUUUGCUCAGGUUUUUAACAAGUUAAUCAGGUGCUACAAAUACCUGGAGAAAGGUUUUGAAGAUGAAGUUAAAAAGCUGCUGCUGUUCUUAAAGGGUUUUUCAGAGUCGGAGAGGAACAAGCUGGCUAUGUUGACUGGUGUUCUUCUGGCUAAUGGAACACUUAAUGCAUCCAUUCUUAAUAGCCUUUAUAAUGAGAAUUUGGUUAAAGAAGGGGUUUCAGCAGCUUUUGCUGUAAAGCUCUUUAAAUCAUGGAUAAAUGAAAAAGAUAUCAAUGCAGUAGCUCCAAGUCUUCGGAAAGUGAGCAUGGAUAACAGACUGAUGGAACUUUUUCCUGCCAAUAAACAAAGCGUUGAACACUUCACAAAGUAUUUUACUGAGGCAGGCUUGAAAGAGCUUUCACAGUAUGUUUGGAAUCAGCAAACCAUAGGAGCUCGUAAGGAACUCCAGAAAGAACUUCAAGAACAGGUGUCCCGUGGUGAUCCAUUUAAGGAUAUAAUUUUGUAUGUCAAGGAGGAGAUGAAAAAAAACAACAUCCCAGAAUUAGCUGUCAUCAGAAUAGUAUGGUCCAGUGUAAUGAGCACCGUGGAAUGGAACAAAAAAGAGGAGCUUGUAGCAGAGCAAGCCAUCAAGCACUUGAAGCAAUACAGCCCUCUACUUGCUGCCUUUACAACUCAAGGUCAGUCUGAGCUGACUCUGUUACUGAAGAUUCAGGAGUACUGCUAUGACAACAUUCAUUUCAUGAAAGCCUUCCAGAAAAUAGUGGUGCUUUUUUAUAAAGCUGAAGUUCUGAGUGAAGAACCCAUUCUCAAGUGGUAUAAAGAUGCACAUGUUGCCAAGGGGAAAAGUGUCUUCCUUGAGCAAAUGAAAAAGUUUGUAGAGUGGCUCAAAAAUGCUGAAGAAGAAUCUGAGUCUGAAGCUGAAGAAGGUGACGAAUUUGAAACUACACCCUCAGUAAAGCAAACAGGAGUUGUAGAUAAAAUGUCAUGUCUCAUGUGUCCUGGUUCUUACAUCUUCCUACCUCCCUAUAUCAAGCAUGAUAUAAGGGCUUUCAUGGCAAAUUUUAUUUGAACUGUUUCUAUGGUU